AUGCAUCUGAGAGUCCAUACUGACGAAAAACAGUAUAAUUGUGAACAUUGUUCUAACUCAUUUCACAGCGCUUCCGAUUUAAAGAAACACCUGAGAACCCAUACUGGAGAGAAUCCUUAUUCCUGUGAGCAUUGUUCAAGGGUAUUUUCCUACGCUUCCGCAUUAAAGAUACAUCUAAAAGUACAUACUGGAGAGAAACCGUAUUCCUGUGAAUAUUGCUCAAGGGCAUUUUCUAGGGCUUCACAAUUAUCGAGUCAUUUGAGAACCCAUACUGGCGAGAAACCAUAUUCCUGUGUACAGUGCUCAAAAGCAUUUCUCUGCGCUUCCAAUUUGAAGAAACAUUUGAAAGUACAUAGUGGAGAGAAGACGUAUUCCUGCAUACUGUGCUCAAAGGCAUUUACUCAUACUUCCAGUUUAAAGAAACAUCUGAGAAUUCAUACUGGAGAGAAACCAUAUUCCUGUGAACAUUGCUCAAAGGCAUUUUCUAGGGCUUCAUACUUGUGGAGUCAUCGGAGAAUUCACACUGGCGAGAAACCAUAUUCCUGUGUAAAGUGCUCAAAAGCAUUUUCCCACGCUUCCGAUUUAAAGAAACAUCUGAGAGUACAUACUGGAGAGAAACCGUAUUCCUGUGAAUAUUGCUCAAAGGCAUUUUCUAGUUCUUCACACUUAUCGAGUCAUUUGAGAACCCAUACUGGCGAGAAACCAUAUUCCUGUGUACAGUGCUCAAAAGCAUUUCUCUGCGCUUCCAAUUUGAAGAAACAUUUGAAAGUACAUAGUGGAGAGAAGCCGUAUUCCUGCAUACUAUGCGCAAAGGCAUUUACUGAUACUUCCAGUUUAAAAAAACAUCUGAGAAUUCAUACUGGAGAGAAACCAUAUUCCUGUGUACAUUGCUCAAAAGCGUUUUCCCGUGCUUCCGAAUUAAAGAAACAUCUGAGAGUACAUACUGGAGAGAAACCGUAUUCCUGUGAACAAUGCUCAAAGGCAUUUACUCAUACUUCCAGUUUAAAGAAACAUCUGAGAAUUCAUACUGGAGAGAAACCAUAUUCCUGUGAACAUUGCUCAAAGGCAUUUUCUAGGGCUUCAUACUUGUGGAGUCAUCGGAGAAUUCAUACUGGCGAGAAACCAUAUUCCUGUGUAAAGUGCUCAAAAGCAUUUUCCCACGCUUCCGAUUUAAUGAAACAUCUGAGAGUACAUACUGAAGAGAAACCGUAUUCCUGUGAAUAUUGCUCAAAGGCAUUUUCUAGUUCUUCACACUUAUCGAGUCAUCUGAGAACCCAUACUGGCGAGAAACCGUAUUCUUGUAUAUAG